GCAUUUCGUAAAUAUUUUAAAGUUCAUGUGUAACUAUAAUUAUCCGAUAAACAAUAAUACGUUUUUUUUUGGGUUGAACCCAGGUAGAGUGGGGACUUUACAUGAAAAAAAAAAUAUAAAUAUCUCCAUUUCUAUUCGGUACGAUAUAGUUGAAAAUUCAUCACAAUUACAACAAAAUGAAACUGGUGAUAUUUGCAUCUGUAAUUCUUGCGGUGAGCUGCGCCCCCCCUGCAGCAAAGGAAAUAAAUAAAGAAGUAAUACCAAUAGUGAGGUUAGAAAAUGAAGGUGUGAAUUCUGAUGGAUCUUAUAGCUGGAAUUUUGAGACCGGAAAUAAUAUAGCAGCUCAUGAAGAAGGUACUGUUAAAAAGGGAGAGAAACCCGAUGAAGCCGAAUUAGAAGUUGUCGGAGGUUACGAAUAUACUAACGAAGACGGCACCAAAGUCCAAAUUAGCUAUAUCGCUAAUAAAGAUGGUUUCCAACCCCAAGGAGAUGUUCUCCCAACUCCUCCACCAAUUCCACCAGCAAUUGCAAGGCUCUUGGAAUAUAUUAAAGCUCAUCCUUCAGAAGAAGAUCAAAAACAGUGAAAGAAUAUUUGAUUUCAAAUUAGAUAUACGGCAGUUUUUGUAUAUACAAUGUAAAUAAAAAAUAUUUUUUA